CUUCAUGCUUUCUCCUCCUUUUUUUCAGGGGAGGCUUAUGGAAUGUUUGAACGAAGGGGACAAGAUUAACGCUUGCCUGCUCCUUGUUUUGUUGGCUUUCUCUUAAUGCUUCAAAGAUUUUAAAGAUAUGGCUUCCCAGUAUCCUCCAAAUCUUCGGAUUCGUCUCCCUGUGCUCUUACUUAUUUUGGAAGCUGCUUUUAUCCUUACAUUUGGCUUCUUUGUUUCUUACGACCACAGCCAACAUCUUACAAGAGACUACCCAGUAUUCCAAGAUGUCAACCUCAUGGUGAUUUUUGGGUUUGGCUUUCUUCUGGCCUCCCUGAAGAGAUACGGCUUCAGCAGCACCGGAUUCAGCCUUCUCCUUGCUGCCCUCGGAGUACAGUGGGCUGUGGUUGUGGAAGGAUUCCUCUUUCACUUCUCAGCUGGGAAAAUAAAGAUAAGUCUGCAAAGCAUUUUAACAGCUAUUAUGAGCAUAACCACAGUGCUGAUUUCAUCUGGAGCAAUACUUGGCAAAGUCAAUCUGAUGCAGUUGAUCUGGAUGGCCCUGGUGGAGGUGACUGUCUUCACCUUGAACAGAUGGGUCGCUGUGAAUAUUCUGCAGAUUCAGAGCCACGUCAGUAUGAUGCACACCCACUUAUUUGGGGCCUACUUUGGCUUAAUGGUCUCCUGGAAGCUCUACCACACCUCCCUGAGUCGGAAAGCUGAGAAAGAAAGAUCCAGGCCCGUCUCGGAUAUGUUUGCGGUGCUGGGUACUCUCUUUCUCUGGAUAUUCUGGCCCAGCUUCAAUUCUGCCCUGAUCAAGGAAGAAGAAAAGAAAUGGACUGCCAUCUACAACACCUACUUUGUGAUGGCCACAAGCACCAUUGCUGCUUUUUCGUUCUCAGUGGCAACCAGCAAAAAUGGAAAACUCAGCAUGGCUCACAUCCAGAAUGCUACACUGGCAGGUGGGGUCGCCCUUGGUUUCUCCGCUUCCAAUAUCCAACAGCCUUGGAUUGCAAUGGCUUUGGGUCUGGCGGCAGGCACAAUCUCUGUCCUUGGCAUGGUCUAUUUGCAGAAACGCUUGGAUCCAGCACUCAAAAUCCAUGAUACCUGUGGAGUGCAUUACACUUUUGGCUUGCCCAGUUUGCUUGGAGGGGUAAUCCAUGUUGUUCUAAUUCUAACAAACCACAGCAAGAACCUCUCAGUAUUUGGUUAUUCAGCUUUAACUGAAGUUGGUGCACUCAGCUUGAGCCUAGCCAUCAGUCUGGCCAGUGGCUUUAUUACAGGUCUCAUUUUAACUUGCAAAUUAUGGAAAACACCUCCUGUAACGAAGUACUUUGAUGAUCAAGCUUAUUGGGAGUUUCCCCACUUAGCUGUUGGAUUCUGAACACAACCUUCAAGAGGGCAGCAAGCUAUACAGCUAAGAGACUUUCUCUCUGAUGCCACAAGAAUGCAUGAAAAAGAGACUUAACUUGCUUUAUUAAAAUUGCCAGAAUAUUUGGUAAGCAUUUAGUAUAAAAUACUUGUUUGUAAGGCUAAAAUAAAUAUGUUAGUGCUUCUUUU